UCCACCAUUUCUCUUCCAAUUCCUAAACUCCUCAUAAUUAACAAUAAUGAAUUAGCAAAAUCAAAAGAGACUUCGUUUUAUCAUCAUCAUUAACAAGCUAUGACAGGAAAAUUAAUUCGUUAUAAUUUUCUCUACAUUUUUACUUGCUUCAUCUUCUUUGCUACUCUCUAUCACCAUUUUCUUCAAAAUAAUUUCUCUAUUGUUUCCAAUCACUUUAAUACCACCAUUAUUGCCUCUUCAUUUCCAAUUCCAUCCGUCUCUAUUCUCAUGCCCGAUUGGGAAAUCCACGUCAUCAUUUCACCAAAUUACUCCCCUCUAAAAACCCAUUUUCGAAAUUCUAAUUUUUACUGUGUUUUUUACUCCGGCGAAAAAUCUCCGGCGAUUCCCGCCGGAGAUCUUGAUUUUCCGGCGAGGUCCAUUUUCAAGUGCAAAUUUCCGGGUCGGGCUCGUCGGGUUUUGCCUUUUAAACAACCCAUGUUGAUUAGUUCUUCAAAUAAUGCCUCUAAUUACCGGAAUUCAGUUAAUUCGGAGCUGUUAAGGUGGAAUUUUCUUGUGUAUGAUUCUAUUACAACUGAUAACGAUGUUGUUUUAUUCGUUAAAGGGUUAAAUAAACGACGUGGCAGUAACAGGGGACCCACAGAAUUUAACUGUAUUUUUGGUAAAGCCGUUAGAACAGCCGUUACAAGUUCAGGCCAAGAAGUUUUCCGGUGCAAAUUGCCGGAUUUGAGGGGCCCAAUUAAUGUUUCAAUUGAAAUUGUGGGGCCCACUGCAUUGGUGGUCCCAACAGUAGCCUAUUAUACGCCGCCACGUGGAAUUUCUAGUUCUAUUGCAAAAAAAGCUAAGCUUUGUGCUUGUACGAUGGUGUAUAAUGUAGGGAAAUUUUUAAGAGAAUGGGUUUUGUAUCAUUCAAGAAUUGGAGUUGAAAGGUUUAUAUUGUAUGAUAAUGGAAGUGAUGAUGAUUUGGCUACUGUUGUUGAAGAGUUAGUUGGAGAAGGCUAUGAUGUGAAAACUCAUUUUUGGCUAUGGCCAAAAACUCAAGAAGCUGGUUUUUCACAUAGUGUAAUUUUUGCAAAGGAUUUAUGUUUAUGGAUGAUGUACAUUGAUGUUGAUGAAUUUGUGUACUCUCCAUCAUGGUCUAAUUUAACUCAACCAUCAAUAUCUUUGUUACCUUCUAUGUUACCAAAAUUGGAAAAGGAGAAAAAUGUUGCACAAAUUAGCAUCCCUUGUUAUGAAUUUGGACCGUCGAAUCAGAAGGAACAUCCAACAAUGGGAGUGAUACAAGGCUACAAUUGUAGAAGAAAAUUGGAGAAUCGACACAAGUCUAUAGUAUUGUUAUCUGCCGUGGAUCAUUCUUUGCUUAAUGUGAUUCAUCAUUUUAAAUUGAAGCGAGGAUACACUGUGAAGAAACUGGAUAUUCUUGAAAUGGUGGUGAAUCAUUAUAAGUUUCAAGCUUGGCCUGAGUUUAAGGCUAAGUUUAGGAGAAGGGUGUCAGCUUAUGUUGUCGAUUGGACUAAACCAUCGAACCUUGGUUCGAAUGAUCGGACUCCAGGAUUAGGGUGUAGUCCUAUUGAGCCUAAAGGGUGGAAGGAGAAGUUUUGCGAGGUAUAUGAUAAUGGUUUAAGAGAUUUGACAUGGAGAUGGUUCAUAGUCGAGUCCCCUGCUUCAUCAGAGUACAAUAUGUCUUGACUGAGAUGAACCAUUUGAAAAAAUUCAAGAUAACACUUAAAGUAGGCUCAAAACAGACAUUAUCACUACUGGAUUGAGAUGCUAAGGACAUUAGAAUUUACCGUGAUAGAAGGCAAUAUAGAAUAUAAUCUUUUCUUUGUUUCUCGUUUUGAUUUAUCUUUAUUCUUAGUUUUCUCUUUAAUUUGUUGUUUUUUGCCCUGCCAGUGUUGUUCUUUUGAUUCUUUGGCUGUAUAUUUGUUAGUUGUUGUAAGUGGGAUAGAUAGGAAUGACUUUUAUUCUCCUCAAAAGAAUUUAGAAGAUUAAUGUUGUCUUUUUCCCAUUAAUGGAGUAUUAUCUUCUUA